AUGCCUGCGGGGCAGCUGGUGCUGGUGGCACUGGUGACUCUCGUCGCUGCUGGUGGGGCAGAGGUGAACGAAGGCAAUGGCCUGAGGAUGCCAGUGUGUGGAGACAUGGUCGAGCUGCAGGCCUGUCCCCUCCUCUACUUGCCUGUCUGUGGAACCGAUGGGAACACCUAUGCCAAUGAAUGCCAGCUCUGCGUGCAGCAAAUGAAAACCAGGCAAGACAUCCGGAUUUCGAAAGAUGGGGAGUGUCAACAUAUCUGA